AUGCCUCUGAGGCUGAAGCCGGGCUAUCCUCACUCAUCCUCGUCGCAUCACUUCUUUGGGUCUUCAUCGUCUGCUCACCGCUCCUAUACAGAUGGCCGCGACCAGUCGGCUGGCUACCAGCCCAAGGCACGGGUGACGGAGCGUUAUCGCAUCAUCGGUUUCAUUAGCAGUGGCACCUAUGGCCGUGUCUACAAAGCCGUAGGCAGGAUCGUCAACGGGGAAGGCAUCGCUGUUGUUGCCAUCAAAAAGUUCAAGCCCGAUAAGGAGGGUGAACAAGUCAGUUACACCGGCAUCUCUCAGAGCGCCAUUCGUGAGAUGAGCCUGUGUAGCGAGCUCCGGCACUCAAACGUCAUCCGGCUGGUGGAGAUCAUGCUCGAGGAUAAGUGCAUCUUCAUGGUUUUUGAGUAUGCCGAGCACGACCUGCUGCAGAUCAUCCACCACCACACGCAGCAGCCACGCCACCCGAUACCGCCGGCCACGAUCAAGAGCAUCAUGUUCCAGCUCCUCAACGGCUGCCAGUACCUUCACACCAACUGGGUUCUGCAUCGAGAUCUCAAGCCCGCCAACAUCAUGGUCACGUCGGGCGGAGAGGUCAAGAUCGGAGACUUGGGCCUUGCCCGUCGUUUCGACAAGCCGCUGCACUCGCUCUUCAGCGGCGAUAAGGUCGUCGUCACCAUUUGGUACCGCGCCCCCGAGCUCAUCCUCGGCUCGUACCACUACACUCCUGCCAUAGACAUGUGGGCCGUCGGCUGCAUCUUUGCGGAGCUGCUGUCCUUGCGUCCCAUCUUCAAGGGUGAGGAGGCAAAGAUGGACAGCAAGAAGACGGUGCCGUUCCAGCGGAACCAGAUGCACAAGAUUGCCGAGAUCAUGGGCAUGCCGACGAAAGAGCGCUGGCCCCUGCUUCCGGCCAUGCCCGAGUACAUGCAGCUCAACACGCUCUCGGCGAUGCAGCACAGCAGCCACAGCAACCACCACCACCACGGCCACCACCAGCAGCCGCCCAGCCGCGGCUACUCCACGACGUCGAGCCUCGAGAAGUGGUACUACAGCACCAUCAACAACAACUCGGGCGCCGGAUCGGCCGCGUCGGGCCCCAACGGCCAGCCGGCGCUACAGUCCCUCGGCGCCGAGGGCUACAAGCUGCUCGCUGGCCUGCUCGAGUACGACCCGGAGAAGCGCCUGACUGCCGCCCAGGCACUGCAGUCCGUCUUCUUCAGCUCUGGCGACCGCGUGAGCGCAAACUGUUUCGAGGGCGUCAAGGUCGAGUAUCCCCACCGCCGCGUCAGCCAGGACGACAACGACAUUCGCACCAGCAGUCUGCCCGGCACGAAGCGUAGUGGGCUCCCGGACGACACGCUGCUGCGGCCGGCAAAGCGUCUCAAAGACUAGGAGUUGCCGCCAGGAGGCUUUGGCCAUAAGAUAGUGUGGAUGGGCCUUUGAUCAUUGGGGUUGGGACGAAGGUGCAUAAAGUAUGAUGAUUGGACACGGUUCGGAUGGGGUGUUUGGUUCUUGAUAUGUCACGGCGUUUUAUGAUGAUGGCUUCAUUGGUGAGGGGCGCAAUAUUGGCUUGUUCUAUGGUUGUUAUACCUUGGCAUGGCAUGAAUUGGCAUGAUGGUUAUACACUUGU